CCGCCGCCGGUCUGGUGCCGCCCGCGGUCGCCACACACCUCUUCGGCAGCUUCGGCUCGGUGAUGAUGGCGGUGAUGCUCUUCAUGGCCAUCACCUCCACAGGCUCUGCCGAGGGCAUCGCCGUGUCAUCCCUGAUUACAUACGACAUCUACAAGACCUACAUCAACCCCAAGUGCACCGGGAAACAGGUGCUGAGAAUUUCCCAGGCGGUGGUGGUCACCUUCGGCCUACUCAUGGGCGGCCUCGGUGCCGCCCUUAACUGCAUUGGUCUGAACCUGAGCUGGCUGUACCUAUUUAUGGGCAAUGUCAUCGGCUCUGCCGUGGUGCCUCUCUGGAACUUGCUCAUGUGGAAGGAUGCCAACGCGACAGGGGCCGUGGUUGCAGUCUGGGGCGGCAUGAUCCUGGCCCUGGCGACUUGGCUCAUGGCGUGCCAGGCCGAGUUUGGUGAAAUCACCAUCGAGAACCUGGGAGAAUUGAACCCAAACCUCGCCGGGAACCUCAUGGCCUUAGCAUCCUCUGCCUUGAUCCAUUUCGUCUUCUCCAUGAAGAAUCCGCAAAACUAUGAUUUCGAAUCUAUGGGCAAGAUUGAGGAAAUGCUGGAGCAGGACAUGAGUGGGCUAGAUGAGCAGGAUUACACGCCGGAGUUCUUGGAUGCUGCUCAGAGCUGGAUUCAGAACCGGGGCUUCGCUUUCAGCGUCCUGAUGGUCUUCAUUUGGCCCAUGCUUUCUGUACCGGCUGGCGUCUUUGGCAAAGAUUAUUUUGCCUUCUGGGUGUUCAUUAGCAUUGCCUGGAGCUUCCUGGCCGCCUUCGUGAUCAUCGUCCUCCCCAUCCAGGAAUCCUGGGACUCCAUCUGCCGGGUCGGUUCCUUCCUUGUGGGAAGGGGAACCGGGAAACAAGGCCUUGCCACAAAUGCCGCUGCCACCGGCGAUGCGCUGUAG